CAAUACGGGACCAGUGUCUAAAAAUGUCCCUGACGAGUGCGUUGCUGUAUUUCACCUCGACUGUCAUCGCGACUCUUGUGCUUUUAGCGGCCCUGGUCGCCCUAUACUUCAAGCGAUCGUGGUCUUUCUGGCGAUCGAGGAAUGUACGCGAAUUCCCGGUCGAAUUCCCCUACGGGAACGCGAAGGAGAUAAUGACGCGGACAAUGUCGUUCGGGGAACGAAUAGCACGACUGUACGAGGAAUGCCAGUCGCUGGGGUUGAGGUACUGCGGCUUCUAUUUCUUCACAAAGCCGAUGUUGAUGGUGACCGACGUUGAUUUGGCCAAGACGAUAUUGACCAAGGACUUCCAACAUUUUACCGAUCACCCUUUUUACGUAAACGAGGAGGUGGAUCCGCUCAGUGGGCAUCUGUUCAGCCUCCAGGGGGAGAAGUGGAGGAACUUGCGUGCUAAGUUAACACCGGUCUUCACCUCGGGGAAGCUGAAGAUGAUGUUCCAAACGAUCGUCGGCUGCUCACCGGAAAUGGUCAAUCUUGUCGGCAAGGGCAUCGGAUCUCCGUUGGAUAUAAAAGACAUCGCCGAGAGAUUUACCAUCGACAUCAUCGGAACCUGCGCGUUUGGCAUCGAGUGUAACACCCUUCUCAACCCAAACUCAGAUUUCCACAAGUACGGAAAAAGGUUCUUUUCGAGCACACCGUUUGAAGCGUUCAAAAGUUUCUCGGCCUUAACCUUCCCGCAAAUUUUCCACAAGUUCAACCUUACUCUGGUGAAGAAAGAUGUAGCCAAGUUCUUCACGGAUAUUGUUUUCGAGACCGUCAAAUACAGGGAAGAAAACAAUAUCGUCAGGAACGACGUCAUGCACCUCUUGCUGCAACUGAAGAAUAACAUCAGCAUCGAAGACGACGGAGACGGAAAGGGUCACUUUACAAAGAAGGGGGAUGGCAACUCCUUAACGAUGAACGAGCUUGCAGCUCAGGCAUUCGUCUUCUUCAUAGCCGGAUUUGAAGCGGCCUCGAUCACGUUAACGUUUUGUCUCUACGAGCUGGCUGCAAACAUGGAACUGCAGAUGAAGGUUAAGAAAGAAAUUUCCAAAGUCCUAGGGAGGCACGGCAAUAAAAUGUCCUACGAAGCGCUCAUGGAGAUGACCUACAUGGAGCAGUGCAUUUAUGAAACGCUCCGCGUGCAUCCCACGAUCUCAUUUAUCAGCCGACUCUGCACCAAGACGUACAAGGUUCCCGAUUCCGACCUAACAAUAAACAAAGGCGAACAGCUCCACAUCCCUAUCUUGGGCUUCCAGCGCGAUCCCCAACACUUCCCCGAUCCCUUAAGGUUCGAUCCGGACAGGUUUUCAACGGAGAACAAGACGACUCGCCAUCCGUUCUCGUGGUUACCGUUCGGCGAAGGUCCUCGCAUUUGCAUCGGGAUGAAAUUUGGGGUGCUCCAAACCAAAGUCGGACUGACCGCCCUUCUGAUGAACUACAAGUUCACGGUGAACCCGAAAACAAAGCGGCCAAUAAAAUUGAUUCCCUUCGGGCAUUCUACUAAGGUCGAUGGCGGACUGUGGUUGGACGCGGUCAAGGAGAAAAUUUAACUUCGUUUGUUUUCAGUACUCAAGGCCGAAGUUCGCUUGCUUCUUAAUAAAGCACAAUUUUCUC